GACUUUAUGCUGCAGCAGCGGAGGACGCCAGGAGCGUGCAAGGACAUCACGAUAAAAUAAUCAUGUUUCGCGUUUUAUCCCGCACUUCGUGUCUGACACGCAACUCUGCAGCUGGUAUCUACGAGUCGUCUGCUUUAUCACCUAAAUGUGACAAGGUUUCCAGGGCUUUAAAUGGACGUGGAGUUAAUGCUUUCAGCACACAUUCUGCUAGACUCUGUGAAAAGAAAGACCAGGUUGUCACCUCUAACCAAGAUGAGAACAUAAAUGCCGGUGAAGAAGAUAAGCAGCAAAAGAUGGUUGAACAGAAGGAGGAAGCAGUGGUGGUGAAGGCUGAUGACCGAGGUGCCACGCAACAGCAAAGUCCACAGGUUGUGGCUGCAACACCAACAGAACUCAAGAGCGAUGGAGCAAAGAGUGGCAAAGAGACUCUCCUGGGUCUGCUCGGAGCCAUGAAAGUUGAAGUCACUAAUAAAAGGAAGCUCAAAGAUUUGAAGACGAAGCAACAUUUUGAGUCAGCUACGCAAUUUACGUCCAAGCCACAAAAAAUGGAGAGUACCAUCAGUAUGUUUCAAAAAGCAGCAGCAGAAGCUUCUUCACAAAGUGAGACGCUGGAACCCACUUUGGUUGCAGCGGCUUCUGCCGCCGCCGCCACUCUUCCUAACCAGAAGCGGGCAGAGUCCGAGCUGCUCAGGCAGCUGAGGCAGCGCAAAGCUCUCACUGAGGCUCAGAAGAAAGGCGACUUGAACAACCUGGGUGAUAUUAUUGCUGACAUGAAAGUUGGAAAGAAAGCCAGCCGCCAGAGUGCCGGGGGUGCAAAUCAGAUCCAGUUUGAUGAGGAUGGGCGAGGGUACAGCUACAGCAGAGGAAUCACCAGUGAGCUGGCUGGUGUCCGCAGACGGAGGAAUCUCCUCUCUACAAAAAGACUCAACAUCUUUUCCCCCCCUGCUGAAGAAGAUGGAGGUGAAUCGGCAGUUGCUAAGCCGACUCUGUGGGACGUUGAUUUUACAAAUCAGCUGGUGCAAGUGACCAACCACAAGCCCCGCAACGGGUUUGAGGAAAUGAUCCAGUGGACCAAAGAGGGGAAGCUGUGGCAGUAUCCCAUCAACAACGAGGCUGGCCUGGAGGAGGAAGUUAAAGUUCCGUUCCAUGAGCACAUCUUCUUGGAGAAGCACUUGGAGGAGGGCUUCCCUCGUCAGGGACCGGUCCGUCACUUCAUGGAGCUCGUGGUGGCCGGUCUGUGCAAAAACCCCUACCUGACCGUGCAGCAGAAGAAGGAGCACAUUUCCUGGUUCAGGGACUACUUCCAUCAGAAAGAGGAAGUCCUUAAUGAGGCUGAUGUUUACCUCAACUGACCUCAGGAGGGUUCAUCUUUCCCCGUUUUUAGCGGAUGUGGGUUUAUUAAAAAGACUCUGCGGCAGUGAUCAUCUCGGACAUAAAGACUAACGGGUUCCAUCAGAGAUCUAUAUUAGAUUUCUUCCUGGAGAGCAGUUGGAGUGGACUUGACACAACAUUUUAGUGUUUGAUAACUUCAACACGUUCGUCUGCAGAAAAGAGGAAAAACGGCCGCAAGGAAAGUGAACUGUACACUCAAAGCUUAAAUAAAAGCGUUUUUCUUAUUUCA